GUUAGCAACUUAGCAUCCGAUAUCUUAAACCAUGUCGACCCAGUUAUCUAAUCCUUUGAUUCCUCACAACCAAAGUCCUCAAAAGACACAUCUCUCUCUUGCUCUCAGUGAAGCCAAAUCCAUUGCCAGCAUAGCUUUCCCAAUGGUACUAACUGGUUUAUUACUAUAUUCACGUUGCAUGAUCUCCAUGCUUUUCCUUGGUCAUCCUGGUCAGCUAGCUCUAGCCGGCGGGUCCCUUGCUAUCGGCUUUGCUAACAUUACAGGGUAUUCUGUUCUCUCCGGCCUAGCCAUGGGGAUGGAACCUAUUUGCGGCCAAGCUUUUGGUGCCAAAAGAUUCAAGCUUUUAGGUCAUACCCUCCAAAGGACAGUUAUUCUCCUGUUCUCGACUUCAAUCCCCAUAUCAUUUCUGUGGUUCAACAUGAAGAGGAUCUUGCUUUCUUGUGGCCAACAAGAGGAUAUUGCAUAUGAAGCUCAAUCUUACAUUAUCUAUUCUCUUCCUGACCUUAUUGCACAAAGUCUUUUGCACCCUCUGCGUAUCUAUCUCCGAACUCAAUCCAUAACGAUGCUAACAUGCUGUGCAACUCUAGCCAUUAUCCUCCACAUUCCUAUCAACUAUCUCCUUGUUUAUGUGCUUGGUCUUGGAAUCAAAGGCGUAGCGUUAAGCGGGGUUUGGACCAAUAUCAACCUGGUAGGAUCAUUGAUCAUCUACAUCACAUUCUCGGGAGUCUAUAAAAAAACAUGGGGCGGUUUUUCAACGCAUUACUUCUUCAAAGGUUGGAAAAGUCUAUUGAAUUUGGCCGUUCCAAGCUGCAUUUCCGUUUGUUUAGAGUGGUGGUGGUACGAGAUCAUGAUCUUGCUUUGUGGACUGUUACUUGACCCACAAGCAACAGUUGCUUCAAUGGGAAUUCUGAUCCAGACCACAGCAUUGAUCUACAUUUUCCCAUCUUCUUUAAGCUUUGGUGUAUCUACAAGGGUGGGGAACGAGCUCGGGGCUAAUAGGCCCGAAAGACCAAAACUUGCUGCGAUCAUAGGCCUCUCUUAUAGUUUUGUUUUCGGACUCUCAGCAUUGUUAUUUGCUGUCAUGGUACGAAACAUAUGGGCAAGUAUGUUUACAAAAGAGUCACAAAUUAUUGCAUUAACAUCAAUGGUGUUGCCAAUAAUUGGGCUAUGUGAGAUUGGAAACUGUCCACAAACAACAGGUUGUGGAGUUUUGAGAGGAUCGGCUAGGCCUAAACUGGGAGCAAACAUAAACUUGGGUUGCUUCUAUUUAGUGGGAAUGCCUGUAGCUGUAUGGUUGAGUUUCUUUGCAGGAUAUGAUUUCAGAGGACUCUGACUUGGCCUUUUGGCAGCUCAAGGCUCAUGCGUCGUGACCAUGUUGUUUGUUUUGGCAAAAACCAAUUGGGAACUUCAAGCUAAAAGAGCCAAGGAGCUAACUGCAGAAAUUUACAUUAGUGUUGAUGAUGGUUCUCAUGAUUUUGAUGAAGCUGAUGCUUCCUUGAGUUCGUUAGUAAAGACAGACAGUGAUCGUUCACAUGUAUAA